AUGCCUCGGGGUCAGAAGAGUAAGCAACGUGCCCGUGAGAAACGCCGCCAGGCCCGAGAGGAUCCUGGGGAUCUGGGUCUUCAGAGAGCUACAGCUGUUUCAUACACUGAGUCCAUCUACAGAAGUGGUCUAGAUGAGAAGGUGGUUAUAUUGGUGUACUACCUGCUGUACAAAUAUCAAAUGAAAGAGCCUAUUACCAAGGGAGAUAUGGUGAGAAAUAUAAUCCAGACAUAUAGAAAUCACUUCCUUGAGAUCCUCAAGAGAGCUUCUGAGCACCUGGAGAUGGUCUUUGGCCUUGACCUGAAGGAAGUGGAUCCUUAUCGCCGCAUCUAUGUCCUUGUCAACAAGCUGGACCUAAGCUACAAUGCAAGGCUGAGUGAUGACAGAGGGGUUCCCAAAACAGGGCUGUUGAUGGCUGUUCUGGGUGUGAUAUUCACUAAGGGCAACCGUGCCACUGAAGAGCAAGUCUGGCAAAUAUUGAAUGUGAUGGGGUUAUAUAAGGGGAGAAAGCACUUCAUUUUUGGGGAGCCUAGGAAGCUCAUCACCAAAGAUUUGGUGCAGGAAAAUUACCUAGAGUACCGCCAGGUGCCUGAUAGUGAUCCUCCUCGCUAUGAGUUCCUGUGGGGCCCAAGAGCCCACGCUGAAACGAGCAAGAUGAAAGUUCUCGAGUUUGUGGCCAAGAUCCAUGAUACGGUCCCCACUGCUUUCCCCACCUGGUAUGAGGAGGCUCUGAGAGAUGAGGAAGAGAGAGCCCGAGCCAGAGCUGCAGCCAGGGCUCGCACUGCUGCCAUAGCCAGUGCACGCUCCAAGGCCAUGGCCAGCUGUUCCUCCCGACCCAGCUUCCUGGCUACCUCUGUCUUUGCCUGUAUCUUGGUUCUGAGUAUUCUGAGGCUUGGUCAGCUAAAGAUAAAAGACAUCUACCAGACAGUUGAGAGGUUUACUGAUUGUUUCCUCACCUAUGUCACAUCUACUAAUGAGCCUGUCAAAGCGCCCAUCACGGUCGUGGGACCCUCCCUUGCACUGCAAUUUUCCUGGCUGUAUCUAGGUUGGGACUUUUACCAAUUUUCUGCGCGGUUUGCAGUAGAGAAACAGCGUUUUCACAAAAUUAGUAUUACCAAGGAAGCCUUUAAAGAAGCAGCCAAGAGGAGGACACCCUACUCCCUGCAUACACCAUAA